GUUGCUCUUUGUUGGCUUGUGCGUUUAACAGCUUUUGCAGAGCCGCCUCCAUGUGGUUUCGGAGUCGAGGAAGACCUGGGUGGGAACCCGGCUCUGCCGCUUCCUAGCCGCGUGAUAAGAACAUAUGCUCUCGGAGACUCACUUUCUUCUCUAAAAAUUGGGAAUAGUAACAUGCACCUCCCGAGCUUUGGAUUAACGUUAUGUCUGGGGAGCCCCUGGCACAGUGCUUGGUUGGAGGGGGACUGUGCUCAGUAAUUGGUGGCAGCUGUGUUACUGUACCGGCGCUGGGAACACAAGGAGAAAGACAAUAUGGGAUGGUCGGAGGCAGAGGUGUUUCCAGUGAUCGGUUUAGGACCCUUUCUAGGUGGUGAGGACCAGAGUGAUGGCUGUUUUAGUACUUCAGGUGGAAUUCGUCCUUUUCAUCUUCAAAACUGGAAGCAGAAAGUUAAUCAGACUAAGAAAGCAGAAUUCGUACGCACAGCAGAAAAAUUUAAGAAUCAAGUAAUUAACAUGGAAAAAGAUAAACACAGUCAUUUCUACAACCAAAAAAGUGACUUCAGAAUUGAGCAUAGUAUGCUAGAAGAAUUGGAAAAUAAAUUAAUUAACAGCAGGAAAACAGAAAGAGCAAAAAUCCAGCAACAAUUGGCCAAAAUACAUAACAAUGUAAAGAAACUGCAGCAUCAGUUAAAAGAUGUGAAGCCUACACCUGAUUUUGUUGAGAAGCUCAGAGAAAUGAUGGAAGAAAUUGAAAAUGCAAUUAACACUUUUAAAGAAGAGCAGAGGUUGAUAUAUGAAGAGCUAAUUAAAGAAGAGAAGACAACUAAUAAUGAGUUGAGUGCCAUAUCAAGAAAAAUUGACACAUGGGCUUUGGGUAAUUCAGAAACAGAGAAAGCUUUCAGAGCAAUCUCAAGCAAAGUUCCUGUAGACAAAGUAACACCAAGUACUCUUCCAGAAGAGGUACUAGAUUUUGAAAAAUUCCUUCAGCAAACAGGAGGGCGACAAGGUGGGUGGGAUGAUUAUGAUCACCAGAACUUUGUAAAGGUGAGAAACAAACAUAAAGGGAAGCCAACAUUUAUGGAAGAAGUUCUAGAACACCUUCCUGGAAAAACACAAGAUGAAGUUCAACAGCAUGAGAAAUGGUAUCAAAAGUUUCUGGCUCUAGAAGAAAGAAAAAAAGAGUCGAUUCAGAGUUGGAAAACUAAAAAGCAGCAAAAAAGGGAGGAAAUUUUCAAGUUAAACGAAAAGGCAAACAACACACCUAUGCUUUUUCAUAAUAAACAAGAAGAUAAUCAAAAGCAAAAAGAAGAACAAAGAAAGAAACAGAAAUUGGCAGUUGAAGCUUGGAAGAAACAGAAAAGUAUAGAAAUGUCAAUGAAAUAUGCUUCCCACUUAAAAGAAGAGGAAGAGAAAGAGAAAAAACGUCAGAAAGAACGCCAGCGCCAGUUUAAGUUAAAAUUACUACUAGAAAGUUAUACCCAGCAGAAGAAAGAACAGGAAGAAUUUUUGAGGCUUGAAAAGGAGAUAAGGGAAAAGGCAGAAAAGGCAGAAAAAAGGAAAACUGCUGCUGAUGAAAUUUCCAGAUUUCAAGAAAGAGAUUUACAUAAACUUGAAUUGAAAAUUCUAGAUAGACAGGCAAAGGAAGAUGAAAAGGCACAAAAACAAAGAAGACUGGCAAAAUUAAAAGAAAAGGUUGAAAACAAUGUUAGUAGAGAUCCCUCUAGGCUUUACAAACCCACGAAAGGUUGGGAAGAACGAACCAAAAAGAUAGGACCAACAGGCUCUGGGCCACUUCUACAUAUCCCACAUAGGGCUAUUCCAACCUGGAGACAAGGAAUACAGAGAAGAGUAUGAGAUAAUGAAAUUGCUACUCAGUUAAUAAGAAUGUUAACAUACUAAGUUACACCAGGGAGAAAGUGACUAACCAUGUUCUUUAAAUAUAAAUAGCCUAGUCAGAUUGAUUAUUGUGCUAUAUUGUGAAUUGAGAGGUAUUAAGUUUCAUGAGACUUUGUCAUUAGUAUUCCUGCUUCUACCACGAAGGUAUUUAAUAUAUGUGUUGGCCUAUUAUUGAUGUAAAAGUUAUUUAAAUAAGUUAAUGUUACAAACAUUAUUUAAUUUAAAUACUCAAAACAUUUCAAAGAGAUUUUGUUUUUGUCAUAGCAUAGCAAAAUAAAUUGGAACAAUCAUACAAUGACAUUUUUUAAACCAAAAUUUUGUAACUUUUGUAACUUGGAGUUAAGUUAGCUUGAGUAACAAAAAGGUAAAGUGGUUUUUGUUUAGAGUUAUGAAAUGUUAGUACUUUUUCUAUGUUUAACAAAUUGGCAGUUUGUCAGUUAUGACAUUUUUGUGUAAUAAAUAUUUUGUAUUUAUUUGAAGCAUGCUUUGUUUUGUAUAGAGAAUAUUUAUUUUAAAAAUAUGUCUCUCAUAUACCCUAUUAAUUGUAUUAUUGAUAUAAUCUUUUUGGUUUCCUUCAGCAAUCCCAAAUUUUCCUUUAGCCUUUCUGGAUUGCACAUAUUUAUAAAAUCUUCGUGUCUUUCACAUC